UGGUCAGACCGCGGGCGCCCCAUCAGCGGUCAGUCGAGUGUGGAGCUGGUGUGAGGAUGGGCGCGGACAAGUCGAACGGCGUCGUCAACUACUGCCGCCGCCCGCCCCAGCGGCCAUUCCUCAAGAAGAUCCAGUACGCGAUAUGGAACCCGGAGGAGAGAACCUUCCUAGGGCGGACCGGGAAACGAUGGGGCGUGAUCGGUCUGAUCUACCUGGUGAUGUACAUCUGCAUCAUCAUCUUCUUCUCGCUGUGCAUGUGCGGUCUGCUCUCCGCCAUGGACGAGAAGAUCCCCUACUUCACCCUCGCCGCCUCCAUCAUAGGUGACAACCCCGGCAUGGGCCACCGGCCGCUGGUGUACGAGGAGGGCGCGCUCAUCUGGUACAACGCCUCCAACGCCACGCAGUACAAGAAAUACGUCGAUAACAUCAACGACUUCUUAGCACCGUACGAGAACAAAAGCCUCCUGAUCAACAAGGGGGAGAACCAGCGCGACUGCAGGGGCGUCAAACCGCCGCGGAACGAGGUCUGCUCUUUCGACGUCAGCCAGUUCGGCCCCUGCUCCAAGGAGAAUAACUUCGGAUACGCGAACAAAACUCCAUGUAUUAUCAUUAAAAUUAAUAAGAUAUUUGAUUGGAAUCCGGACUUCUACGACGAUCCUGAGGACCUUCCUCCGAACAUACCUCAAGAUUUAAAGAACUACAUCAACACAACGACCACCCCGCAGCAGCGCCGUCAAGUGUGGGUGUCUUGUCACGGGGAGAGGCCAGUCGACGCAGAGGCCCUGGGCCCUCUGAGGUACUACCCCCAGCCCGGGAUGCCGGAGACCUACUACCCCUACGACAACACCCCCGGCUACCUCAGCCCCCUGGUGGCUGUUCAGCUGUUGGAGCCUAAAUUGCACCAGAUCAUUAACAUCCGUUGCCGGGCCUGGGCGAGGAACAUCCAGUACACAGAGAGCCUCAAGGAGCGACUGGGGUCCACCCACCUCGAGAUCAUGAUUGAUUAACUCUUAACCUAGUAGUGGUGGCCUCACUCAUUGCGAGGCCUCGGGUGUAGGGACUUUGUGAGGCCCUUUGUCUUACGAAAAAAUACCUUGCGGGGCCCUUGCAAGAGCGAGACCGGAGACCCCGGAUGAUUGUCCUGUUCGCCACCCCUAGGGCCGCCACUGUAACCUCGUAGUCAACAAUUAAGUAAGGUUAUCUGUAGGUUUACUGUAUAUUUAUGUCUACUAUGUAUUUAUUUAUAAUAUGUUUGUUUUAUUCCUUUGUUCAUUUCAAAUCAAGCAUUUAUUUUAGUACAAAUGAAAGUAAUUGAAGAUAAGUUUGUUUAAAGAAAAUGAAAGGGAUCCUAAUUUUUAAUAAAAAUAAAUUAUUUUAGUACUUAUGAAACCUUGAAAUAAGCGUAGAGUAUGCACAACGUGAGGAUUAUUAUGCAAAUAAUAGAAAUAAAAGCUUGUAUUAGA